AUGUUUGUAGACGAAAAUUUAGCCCAAAUUUCACAAGAUAUUGGACUUCUUUCACUUGGAGCAAAUGACAAACAAAUUGAACAAUUAGCUACAGUUUAUUGGUUUAUUAUUGAAUUUGGACUUUGUAAACAAAAUGGUAAAAUUUGUGCAAUUGGUGCUGGGUUGCUUUCCGCUUAUGGAGAAUUGAAGUAUGCUUGUUCUAAUGAACCUGAACACGAACCAUUUAAUCCAGAAAUUACUUCAUUACGCCCGUAUGUAGAUUCUGAUUAUCAACCAGUAUAUUUUGUUGCUGAUUCAAUUAAAAAAGCAUUAGAGGAUGUUAGAUCCUUUGCCUAUUCAAUAUGCCCUAAAUAUUCAAAUAUUUAUUACCCUUUAACUAGAACAGUAAAGCAAUUUGAUAAUAAAGAAAUGGUUAAAAAUAGAGUAACUACUUUAAAGAAAGAAUGUGAAGAAAUGCAACGAGAAUUAGAAAAAAUAAUUAUUAAAGAGUAA